AUGGCUUCUUUAGCUCGUACUUCUACUCUUCGUCUUGCUCGUGGCUAUGCUCCUGCCAUGAAGCAAUUCAUUGGUCUCCAUAAGCAAGAAGAACCAGUCACCACCCAAACUAAUAUCAGAGUAGCUCAAGUUCGUCAUCACAGCACCACCAAUGUGCCUGAUUUCUCUAAAUACAAAAAGACCAGAGCCAGUGGUGAAGCUAGUCGUAACUUUGCUUACAUGAUGAUUGGUACUACAGGUUUGUUGUCUGCUGCUGGUGCUCAAGCUACCGUCAGUGACUUUUUAGCCAACAUGUCUGCUUCUGCUGAUGUGUUGGCUUUGGCUAAGGCUGAAGUGGACAUGGCCUCUAUUCCUGAAGGCAAGAAUGUCACUAUCAAGUGGAGAGGAAAGCCUGUCUUUAUUCGUCACCGUACUCAAGCUGAAAUUGCUGAAGCUAAUGAAGUCAACAUUACUGAAUUGCGUGAUCCUCAACAAGAUUCUGAAAGAGUCAAGGAUCCUAGCUGGCUUGUUAUGUUGGGUGUCUGUACUCACUUGGGUUGUGUGCCUAUUGGUGAAGCUGGUGAUUUCGGUGGUUGGUAUUGUCCUUGCCAUGGUUCUCACUAUGAUAUCUCUGGUCGUAUUCGUAAGGGUCCUGCUCCUCUCAACCUUGAAGUUCCCGAAUACAGCUUUAGCGAUGAUAAACUCAUCAUUGGUUAG